AUGGGCAUGGACAAGGCAGACGAAUACCCUUUCGACCUCGGCACAUACACCCGCCCCGUGACCACCCCCUCUGCCGAAUGCCAGGCAUGGUUCGACCGCGGCCUCGUUUGGUCGUAUGCUUUCAACCAUGAAGAAGCCGCCGAAUGCUUCCGCCGCGCCAUUGCGCAUGACGGCACCUGUGCCAUGGCCUAUUGGGGCCUCGCCUACUGCAUCGGCCCAAACUACAACAAACCCUGGGCCUUUUUCGACGCCGACGAGCUCGCGCGUGUCGUGCGUCAGGGCCACGACGCUGCGCUCCAGGCACAGGCUCAUCUCGGUGCUGUGACGCCUGUGGAGCGAGCCCUCGUCGCCGCCGUCCUCAGUCGAUACCCCCAGCCCACACCGGACGCCGACUGCGAGCCCUGGAAUGUCGCCUUUGCCCAUGCCAUGCAGGCUGUCCAUGCCCAGUUCCCCGACGAUCUCGACGUCAUCACCGUUUACGUCGACGCCGUCAUGAACCUCCACCCCUGGGACAUGUGGCAGCUCAAGACAGGCGAGCCUACGCCCGGCGCCCAGACACUCGAGAUGAAGACCAUUCUCGACGGCGCCCUCGGUCUGUCUGACACCGCAGCCGCCUCGGCCACCUCCGUCGCCGUCGGUGCCCCUCCACGAGGCGGCGCCCAGCACCCGGGUCUGCUGCACCUCUACAUUCACCUCCUCGAAAUGUCGCCCCACCCAGAACACGGCCUCCCUGCCGCCGACAACCUGCGCACCCUCGUCCCCGACGCCGGCCACCUCCUCCACAUGCCCUCCCACCUCGACAUCCUGACGGGCGCUUAUGCUGCCGCCGCCGAGGCCAACACGCGCGCCGCCGCCGCCGACGAGCGCUACCUCGCCCACGCCGGACCCCUCAACUUCUACACCCUCUACCGCAGCCACGACUACCACUUUCUCGUCUACGCCGCCCUCUUCUCCGCCCAGUCGGCCCUCGCCCUCGACGCCUGCCGCCGCCUCGAGGCCUCCCUGCCCGCGGCCCUGCUGCGCAUCCCCUCGCCGCCCAUGGCCGACCGCCUCGAGGCCUUUCUCGCCCUGCGUCCCCACGUGCUCGUCCGCUUCGGCCGCUGGCACGACAUUCUCGCCCUGCCGACCAUGCCCGAUCCGCCCAGCGCGCCCGGGCACGCCAAUCCAGACGAGAACAAGAACGAAACAGAGCACGAAGAAGACGCCUCGCUCCUCUGCGUCACAAACGCAACCCGCCUCUACGCCAAAGCCCUCGCCCACGCCGCCCUCGGCCACCCGUCCCGCGCCCGCGCCACGCAGCGCCUCUUCCUCGCCGCCCGCGCCCGCGUCCCCGCCUCGCGCACCCUCUUCAAAAAAAACGGCCCCCGACCUCCUCGCUAG